GCAGCGAAGAUGUACUGGAAGAGCAUCCUCAGUCAUCUCGAAGAGUCUACAUGCCGGGCGUGCUGCAGACUACAACAGUUGCUGCGAUGCCCCGUGGCCGCACAAUACUGCAAAAGGAAGCCUCGGGCUCGACCAUCAUGACACCCAGGGUGUCGCGGGAAAGGCCUUUGCAACCCAAAGACUCGUCAAGCCCGCUUCUCCCUGGCACUGGGAUACCCAGUGGUAUCCUGGUGCCGGCAAGUCCGAGACUGAUCUCGACCAGCACAUCCGCCAGCCUUGUGUCUGUGGCAACUCGUGGUCCAAGCAUCGGUUUGCGAAGCAAGCCCUCGCAGUCACAGAGCUUGUGGGAGCCGACUCAAAGUCAGCGGCAGCAGCGAGCUUCAUCGCAUCUGGUCUUGGGCCAUGAUGCCAACCCCUUCCAGCAGAAUGGGCCUGCAUCAAGCGGCAUUCCGCCUGAUGCCACGACAUUCACGGACGCAGCCCCACAGUUGCACUCCUGA